UCUGAUGAAUGACUCUGAGGAUGCACAGCUCCCCAACCGUUCUCUGGAAUUGGAACAAUGUUCUCUCAAAGUACUGGAGCCAGAAGGAAGCCCCAGUUGGAGUCUCUUGAGACUAAUGGGUGAAAGAGGCUGUACUGUGAUAGAACUGAUAGAAUUAUUACAGGCCCUGGAACACACAGAAGCUCUUCAGUGCCUCAGUCCACCAGGAAUAAAGAUUGUUGUACAGCCAGACCCUAAGGCGGUACUAUCUGGACAAACGGUCAAGCUAUGUUGUUGGGCAACUGGACUUCCAUUUGUGCACUAUCAGUGGUUCAAACAGGAAAAAGAGGUUCCACAUGGGAAUUCCCCAGAGUUGAUAUUUAACCCAGUGAGUGUAAGUGAUUCUGGGUUUUACAUCUGUCGAGUGAACAGCGAUUCUUCCUUUGUGUUCAGUCGGUGGGCACAACUCGACGUUUGUGAUAUCCAGGGAAUGUCUUAUGGAAGCUUGGUUGGUUUGCCUGAAAACAAGAUACAUAUCUACAGUCAACCCCAAUCACAAAACCUGAUGGUAGGGGAUACAUUAGUUCUAGAGUGUGGUGCUAUUGGAAACCCAGUUCCUCAUUACCAGUGGUUCAGAAAUGGAUUUCCAUUGACAAAUGGGAACAGAAAAGUAUAUACGGUGUCUUAUGUGGACAUGGAACAUCAGGGGACCUAUUGGUGUCGUGUAUUUAAUGACCAAGACAAUCAAGAAAGCAAGAAGAUAGAAGUCAUAAUAAAAGCUGGAAGAAAAGCUAUGGCAGUGGAAUGCACUGAAGAAGAGUUUAGUACUCUUGGAAAGCUUGUAGACCUUGAAGAACAAUCAGUUGACAGGCCUUCUGCAAUUGACAAGGUAGCUCUGUUGAUAGGAAACAUGAGUUAUUGGAAUCACCCUCAGCUGAAAGCUCCAAUGGUGGAUGUCUAUGAAUUGACCAACUUGCUGAGACAGCUGGAUUUCAAAGUUGUUUCUUUGCUGGAUCUUACUGAAUCUGAGAUGCGGAAUGCAGUGGAUGAAUUUUUACUUCUUUUGGACAAAGGAGUUUAUGGUUUAUUAUAUUAUGCUGGCCAUGGCUAUGAAAACUAUGGAAACAGUUUUAUGGUUCCUGUUGAUGCCCCAAAUCCCUAUCGGUCUGCAAACUGUUUGUGUGUGCAGAAUAUACUCAAACUUAUGCAGGAAAAAGAGACCGGGCUCAAUGUCUUUUUACUGGAUAUGUGCAGAAAAAGAAAUGAGUAUGAUGAUACCAUUCUAAUCUUGGAUGCCCUGAAGGUUACAGCUAACAUCGUUUUUGGAUAUGCAACAUGCCAAGGAGCAGAAGCUUUUGAAAUUCAGCACUCUGGGUUAGCCAAUGGGAUUUUCAUGAAGUUCUUGAAGGAACGCAUGUUGGAAGACAAGAAGAUUACUGUACUUCUUGAUGAAGUUGCAGAAGAUAUGGGUAAAUGUCAUCUUACCAAAGGCAAGCAGGCUUUGGAGAUUCGCAGCAGUUUAUCUGAGAAGAGAGCAUUAACUGAUCCCAUUCAGCAAACAGGAUCAUCUGCAGAGUCCCUGGCACGAAACUUACAGUGGGCCAAAGCUCAUGAACUCCCAGAAAGUAUGUAUCUUGAAUUUAAAUGUGGUGUUCAAAUUCAGCUGGGGUUUGCAGCCGAAUUUUCCAACGUCAUGAUCAUCUACACAAGGAUAGUAAAGAAACCUCCUGAAAUAUCACUUUGCAAAGCAUAUGUUACAGACUUCCCGCUUGACCUGGAUGUAGAUCCUAAAGAGGCAAAUAAAGGGACUCCUGAGGAAACUGGCAGCUAUUUAGUAUCAAAGGAUCUUCCCAAACACUGUCUCUACACUAGACUAAGUUCACUGCAGAAACUAAAGGAGCACUUGAUCUUCACAGUUUGUCUGCAUUAUGAAUAUCCUGGAAUAGAGGAUUCCCUUGAUGAAAGGAAGGAGGUUAAUGUUGGGAAGCCUCUUAUUGCUAAAUUAGGCAUUCAUCAUGGAUUCAAGAAAAAUUGUUGUAUGUCUGAGAGACCUUUCCUUGCCCAAGCAUCCACUCCAGUGGCAGCUGAAUACUACCUCUCACCUAAUCACUGUCAAUCAAAUUCCUAUCCAGGUGUUCACCAUCCAAACUCUGCUCAUUCAGACCAUCUCAGGCAGCCAGAAGCAUGCCAUUGCAUUAUGGCUUUGAAUAUAACUUCAAGACGAGAAGCAUGGAAUAACUCAUCCCACAUAAGAGAGAAUAAUAUACCAGUAGAGACAACUGAUGACACUGUUGACCUGGGACUCAGCUUCUCCAACAGCCUCAGAUUGUCUAAAAAGCAAUAGCUGUGAUCUCUGCAGAAUGUACAGUAGCAUCAGUCCUGAGCUAAAGCACUGGCUGUACAUUCUCGACAAUGUGUUUGUUUGGAGAGAAGGGGCUUAACAAGUACAAGGGUUUUGUGGGUUGGGUGUGGGUUGGUGUUCUCUCCUGGGAAACUUUGUGGAUCCAAAGAGAUAAGAAUGGAAUAUAAACAACUUCUUUAUCCCUGAAUUGAUUUCAGUGGUGAGGGCAGUGUGGGGUUAUCAUGGGGAGCUGGUGGCAAGAGAGAUGGAGUGAAGAGAAGCAUGAACUGGGUCCAUGGGAGCCCCCUAGGAGCUAACCAGCAGGCACCUUAUUAUGGCUGCAAAAGAA